AAGCCACAUCAUAUAUGUACUCUUGCCUUGAUUAUACUUAAACACUUGUCAAUCAAGAGACCGGGAAAUAAUCAUAUCGAACGAAAAGAGAAUACACUGCAAUCAAUAUGGCCGACUGCUCUGCUUUGUGCAUCAUCAUUAUUACCUUGUUCAUACCACCUCUCGGGGUCUUCCUCAUUUCAGGCUGUAGCGCGGACUUGCUAAUCAACAUCCUCCUCACUAUUCUUGGAUACUUCCCAGGACACAUUCAUGCCUACUACCUAGAAUACGUGUAUUACCAUCGUCGGGGUCUCGCUGCUGGCGGGGCGACGUUAGCGAAGCCGGCUACAGGCGUUUAUUCGGAGCGGAUUCAGUCCGGAGGUCAUCAUCAGCAAACGCAGUAUGGUACUAUACGAACUUGAUUUCAGCGGGCUAUGUGCUGGUUGAUCAUGAUGGGGAUGAGGAUAGCUUGAGUCUUUGCGUUGAAGUGUGUUAGGGUUAUUUGGUACUGGAUGGAUACAAGAUGCGGAAUACCCCUGUGCUUUGGCGUCGCCUUGGUUUUUUGCUUUUUUCUCGAGAACUUUAUUCACUGCGUGACUGGUAUGGUGCCAGUCAAGUAUAGCCCCCAUAAAAGUGUAAGGUUUGGGUAUCUGUCGAUUUGUGUUUACCACUUUCCUAUAAGAAUGCAAUAUAAAGCCCACAUGCCAACUCCG